AUGGAUAGAUGUGCCUUUCAUGCAUUGUGUAACAUGCUUAAAAGGGUUGGAAGGUUAGAACAAAGUAGGAAUAUGGGUGUGAAAGAAAUGGAUUGCCUAGGAGGCUUGGAUGAUACUCAUAUCAAAGUCAAUGUCCUUGAGGCUGAUAAGUCUAGAUAUCGAAAUAGAAAAGGUGACAUAACAACCAAUGUGCUUGGAGUGGUUGCUCCCGAUAUGCAAUUUAUCUACGUACUGACGGGUUGGGAGGGUUCAGCUGCGGAUUCUAGGAUAUUAAGAGUGAUGGUUGUGGAUCCUAUUGAUGAGAUAGAAGAUCAAAAUAUACUUGGAGUAGAUGGUGAGACGAUCCACCAUAUUGAGACGAGUGAUGUUUGGGGUAGAUGGAGAGAUCAACUUGCACAAGAAAUGUAG